UAGUGAAAGAUGUUGAGUUUUAAUGUUUUCAGAAAAUAUUUCUAUUAUUUAAAUUAAAAAAUGUGCAUUAAAAAAUUUAUUGAUUAGUUUAUUGAUUUAAUUAAGGCAAUUAAUAAAAUAAAAAGAAAAGAAGUGUUUUAAAAAUAAUUGAUAAACAGCUGAAUAAGAAAUAUUAAUUUCGGUAGAUGCAGCCGUCAGCUCCUCCACAUGAAGAAACUGAUUUUAUUAGAGAAGAAUUAAGAUAACAACCAGCACCAGUCACUUCCAUUCAGCACCCUCCCAUGAUUGCCCAGCAACAUCACUUACCCACACAAGUUUAUUAUACAUCUGCUGGGCCACAAGUUCAAAUUCCUCUUCAACAAGUACCAAUGGCUACAGCUGUUAUUGUUACCCCUGUAAACUUUGGCCCACAUGCACAACAUAUGAUAUGUCCACAUUGUGGAAGUCACAUUAAAACAACUAUAGAGACUGAAACCACAUGGUUAACACACGCAUUUGCAAUUGGAUUGAUUUUAUUAGGAUGCAUUUUGUGCAGCUGUUUACCCUAUCUCAUGAACUCAUGUAAGAAUACAAGUCACUACUGUCCUAAUUGCAAUGCUUUUCUUGGAAUGCAUUCAACAGGACCAUGCAAAUAAUUACAAUUAGUCAAUAAAAUGCGACAUCUAUUAGGUGAAUGGAGAAUUAGAGAAAUGUAUUACUUAAAUACGCAACUAUAGAAGCGCAAUGUAUUCAUAGUUCUUUAUAAUUAGUUUUAUUUAAUAUUGUGUAAAUUUAUUUAUUAUGUACCGACAAAUAUUCAAAACUACGCUAGAAACAUAAAUAAAAGAUUAUUAUACAACUCAAAAAUUAUAAUUCAUU